AGCUUUGUUUCGACUGUCAUUUUUCCUAGGGAAAUCAGCUCUCGAUUGUCACACUGUACACAAGAGGGAACUUGAUUGGGACUGUUGAACCUAAAUAACGUCUUAUGUGCCGAUUUAUGCAGUCGUCAAAGAAUAAGCUGAAUUGUCUUGGCAUACAGACCCGUGCUUAGUUCAUAUUUUGAAACUGAUCAAGAUGAAAUUCAAAAAGUAUACAGGAAUUACAUGGUCCGACGUAGAGCUUGCAGGUCUUAUCGAAGACGAAGAUUCUUAUGUUUCUCUUGACAGAUGUAAAAAGCAUUUUGCUUUACAUCCGUCUCAAUUAACAAACAUAAAGCACGCUUUGAAUGAAAUUUUAUGUUCAAUGUUGAAUCUUUAUGAUAGAGACUUAAAAGGUUUCCCAAUAGCUUACAAGAAUCCCAAAUUAUUAUCAUCUUUGGGAGAAAUAAUUCAUGAUUCAUGCUUCAUUCAUAUUGACAUUGAAGUAAAUUUUUAUAUAUUCAGACCAAAAAUGGAAAUUUCAUUGAAAGGAGUUGUCAGUAAAAUAGCACCAAGUUAUGUCGGACUUGUUGUACAUAAAGCUUUUACUGUAAUUGUUUUAAAACCAACUGGCGAUAAAAAUUGGGUGGGAAAUCAUGUUCAAAUGUGGCAACAGGUACGAGUUACAUUAACUGAUCUUCAUCUUGAAAGUGAUGUAUUACCGUAUAUUGGUGGUAUCUUCAAACCAGAUGAUUAUUUACGAGGAUGCAGAUUACUAGAAACAUGUGUUAAUACAAAUUGUAUUUUGUUCAAUGACAAUCUGGAAGGUGAUACAGAUAAAACAACAAGAAAAUAUUACAAACCACUAAAGCACAAGUUUUUUGAAAAUAAUUCUAAAACUUUUUCUGCAGAAAAUGUAUCAUCAACAAAGAAAAAGAAAAAUAAACACAAACACUUAAACAAAAGUCUUGAACAGGAAGUAGUUACAUAUUCUGAAAAGGAAAAGAAAGACAAACGAUGUAAAACAGUAAAAGAAGUUGUACAACUAGAAUCACCCAAGUAUACAAGCAAUAUUUGUACGAAUAAUAAGUUUACGAAGAAUGAGGAAUUGGUAAAAUGUAUACAUCCAAAGAGCAAGUUCAAAAGGAAAUCCAAAAGGCACAGUUCUGAAAGUUCUAUAAAUGAAGAUAUUAAGAAAAUAUGUGAAAAAUAUCGGUCAAAGAAAAAAUUUAAAAGAUUAUCUGCUACAGUAAAGGUUGACAAACUUAAUAAAAUUAAGAAUAUGGAAGAAACCAUGCUUGAAAAUAAAGUGAAAUUGAAGAAGAAUUCCAGAAAAAGAAAGCGCGUAGAUAAUAGUGGUCAUUCUAGUGAAGAGUUUAGUUCAUAUAAUUACAUAUCACCCACAGUUAAAAAGAAUUCGAAAUCUUCCAAUGACAGUAAAGAAAUAUGUGUUGACAUUAAAAUGGAAAAGUCCGAUGAUACAUAUAAAAAAAAUAAGAUAAAGAAGUCUUCUAAGAAGGAGUGGAAGAUGGACCUUGAGACUUCUGAAAGUGAUACGAAUGGAAAUUCUAAAACAGCUUCGUUAAAGGGAAAGAGUAGAAACUAUAAAAUACAGAACACAAAGAUUAAAACAGAAAGAUUGACUAUUAGUUCUGAGAAUAUGCAAGAUGAAGAUUGUAAAAAAUCUUCAACAAUAUACUGUGAUUUAGAUGAAAAUGUUGAAAAUGAUAUGAGAAAGAAGCAAACAAAGCAUUCAGAAAAUAAGAUUAAAACAGAACCAAAGUUUGAAGAAACCGUAACUAAGAUAGAAAGACCAGGCAAUGAAGAUAGAGACACUUAUUGGGAAAAUGUACAGAACUCAUUAAAAAUUGUUUUACCUCUGAAAAAACGUAAGGUAACAUUCAUUUAGGUAACAGUAUUGAGAGAAAUGAAACAGGCACAAAAAGCAAUAUGAAGCACUUUAAUAAAAUAAAAACAACAGUUAAAGGUACAAAAAGUUAUAAUAUAAAAGUAGAAGUAGUAUUUCAGACAAUAUCUAUGAAAAUAUACGUAGUUAAAAUGAUAGAGUAAAGUUGAAAUACGAAAAAGCUACAUCAGACAGUGAUUUGGAUUUCAACAAUGUUAUAAUUAAAACAUAGAAGUUUCUAGGCGAUUACUGAGGUGUAAAAAGAUUUUAUAACACUAUUGAUAUAUAUUUUUUCAUCUGAGGAAAAGUAUAGUAAGUGGAUACGUGAGUGUGUAUAUAUGCAUGGCAUACAUUAUUGUACUACAGAUUAAGCAUGAACAAGUGGCUUGACAGAUAUAUUUGGCUAACAUAAUUUUUAGUUAUAUUCCUAAUUU